GAAAUGUUUUAUUACCUUUGAGAGGUUCAUCGGCAAGAAGUAAGACAGUCUUUGUCACAUUUUGUGCUAACAAUUAUAUCGCCGCUAGUUUAUGAAACCAACUGGAGUACUAAAUAACUGACUGCAGAGUGAAUCAGCCAUCAACUGUCCAACUGGAGGCCAAGUCUCCUGUGUUAUCUCUCUCAGGAACUGGAAUUUCUUAUUUACAUGAAAGUUAUUUCCUUGCUAAAGGACAUCCUUCUGAAACUUGUUUCACCCCAACGAAAACGUUCGCUACUAUUGCUGUCCUUUUAUUUAUGCAAGGCUUAUAUUUGGUAACAAAUUCUGUUACAACUCUCAAAACAAGUGGGGAGUUGUGAAGAAGAGCAGCGGACUGCAGGGUAUAGCAGUGCAGAGAGGGUGAACUCGUUACAGUCUACCAGGGAUUCUGACGAAACAAUUCCAGCUUGAAACCAUUCCUGGCAGUCUGAAGGGUGGGUUGGGUACUGAGCCCAAGUUUACAGCUCAAUCACGGAGUAACGCUGCGAGUGGCGCUAAAGGGCAGCUGGGCUGUAUUGUGGGCCAGGGUUGCCCCAGUGGGCGGUGGGUAUGCUGGCUGUAACGGGGCAGAUGGAUGGCGGGCGGCCGCCUAGUGCCUUUCUGUUGGGGAGCCCACCUCUGGCUGCGCUGCACAGCAUGACAGAGAUGAAGAGCCCCCUUUACAGCACCGCCUACCCGUCGCCUGCUGCCUCACCCGCUUCUGCUGCGCCUUCCCCAGCGGCAGCAGGGUCUUCUACACUCAAGGCCUCUUCUAGCAUCGUGUCAUCACUCAGCUCCGCUCAGCAGCUCUUAGGAGUAGCCGGAACACCUCACGGCAUCCAGGACAUCCUUAAUCGCCCCUCUCUAACAGCUUGCACUGGUACAUCAGCCUCGUCAGUCUCAUCAGCAGCGGCAGCCGCCACUGCUGCUCUGCUGUCAGGGCUACCCCGAUUUGGAAGCCUCAGCCCCCCUCCACCCCCACCGACUGCUGCUGGCCUUUACUUCAGCCCCAGUGCAGCGGCAGCAGCAGCAGCCGCUGUGGCGGCAGCACGCUAUCCAAAACCGCUCGCCGAGCUUCCUGGUCGAACACCUAUAUUUUGGCCUGGGGUGAUGCAGAGUCCUCCAUGGAGAGAUACACGACUGACCUGUACACCACAUCAAGGAUCUGUGUUAUUGGACAAAGAUGGCAAGAGAAAGCACACUAGACCCACAUUUUCUGGCCAACAGAUUUUUGCCCUUGAAAAGACUUUUGAACAAACAAAAUACUUGGCAGGUCCAGAGAGAGCGCGGUUAGCAUAUUCACUGGGGAUGACAGAAAGUCAAGUCAAGGUCUGGUUCCAGAACCGACGAACCAAAUGGCGCAAAAAACACGCAGCUGAAAUGGCUUCAGCUAAGAAAAAACAAGACUCUGAGACAGAACGGCUAAAGGGGGCCUCGGAGAACGAGGAAGAGGACGACGACUAUAACAAACCUCUGGACCCCAAUUCUGACGACGAGAAGAUCACACAGUUGUUGAAAAAACACAAGCCCAGCAGCAGUUUGCACCUACACACGUCGGAACCUGAAAGCUCAUAAAACUAAAGACUUGCCGGCUGCAAGAGACGCUCUUAAAUGUAUACACAUGUAUUGUUAUCUUGUGUAUUACAAGUUUUCUCUCGCCCCAUAUAGGUCUUUACGCUGUGCACUAGUAAGAAAGGGGCGAUUCUAAGAGGUGUCCGUAUAUCUGUAUAUUUUUAUAAAACCAAGAAGCUCCGUCUUUCAAGGAAUGCAGAUACAAGUCCUGUACCCACUCCUUAAAAAAACAAAGGAGAGCUGUGGUAGCGCACCGAAACUCAUGCACUGCGGUGGUCACCUUUCAGUUAUGUUCUCAAGAGGACAGUUUAGUCUUUGGCCGCCACAGCAAUCAGUUGGACAGAGGCAUCUUGCCGGGAUGUUUGUAAAUAUAUUGCGAGUUACACAGACUCAACCUUAAAAUCACCGUACGUAUAUGUCCAAUAAUGUUCUGUGCUACUGGGAAGGAAUCUUCUGUGUUUUUGGCAAUUAUUUCUUUACCGGUUCUAGUAGCAUAGCGUUAAAGCCAAACAAUAGUUUAGUCUUGUUUUAUUUUACUGUAAUGAUCAAACAAUAGUAUGCAUUUUUAUUUAAAUUCCCCAAAGGGAUUUUCCUCCGUUUUCUACCCUUUCUAUAAAAAUGUUGGAAAGUACACGACCCUUUUGAACACUUGGCAUUGAGAAAACAAACCGGUGUGUUGCACAGACAACUCCGUUUAAUGGAAUAUGUAAACAACUGCAUCUGUGUCGCUUUUUGCAACAUGUAUACCUCCACAUGCUUUGUUUAUUUCCCCUGUUCACGUUAGCAUGCCAAAGGCAUUCUGAUUAUAGCAGAGAGGGUUACUUUAACUGCAGUUUAGAACUGCACUCCCUUCCCAGUCGCCUGUAUUUCCUGACUUUUAAAAUGCUACUAGAAAUUGUAAAUGUUUUACUGUUUUAUGAAAAUAUCGAUACUUAGUAUUUUUAUGUUUAUUAAUUUAUAUGAAAUGGUUCUGUUUGUAACAUUCUUGCAGGUUCUUAAUUUGCAAGACAUGUUGGAUGUAUGCACUUUCUGUUAUAAAA